CGGAUUGGCUGAGCGGUUGUCAGGAGUGUUUACAGGAAACAUGGCAUCCCUGUCUGUUGGAGAGCUUCAAGAAAUGGAAGUGGACCGGAGGGGUGAGUCUGAGGAGUCUGGUGAUGAUGAGACCAGGAGGAGGAGUAUCAAUGGCGACGUGGACCCCAAUCAGCCUGCUACCACAAGUAAAGAAGAGUCUCCUGUUGACAUGGACACCAUAACCUUGGACCCAGAGGAAGAGGAUGUUGAUCUUGUUCAUUGUCGCAUUGGAAAGAUUGAAGGGUUGGAGGUGCUACAAAAGGCUAAAACGCUCUCCUUACGACAGAACCUCAUCAAAAAGAUAGAAAACCUUGACAGUCUGAGCUCACUGCGGGAAAUAGAUCUCUAUGACAAUCAAAUCCGCAAACUGGAGAACCUGCACAGCCUCACAGAUUUGGAGCAGCUCGAUGUGUCCUUCAACAUUUUGAGGAAGGUGGAGGGUUUGGAGCAGCUGACUCAGCUGAAGAAGCUUUUUCUGCUUCACAACAAAAUUAGCAACAUUGCCAACCUGGAGCACCUAACAGGCCUGGAGAUGCUUGAGCUGGGCUCCAAUCGCAUCCGGGUCAUAGAGAACCUUGAUACACUCGCGUCUUUGCAAAGUUUGUUCCUUGGCACCAAUAAAAUAACUAAGCUUCAGAAUCUGGAGGGUUUACACAACUUGACUGUUUUAAGCAUUCAGAGUAACCGGAUUACUAAAAUUGAGGGUCUGCAGAACCUUGUCAACCUGAGAGAGCUCUAUCUGAGCCACAAUGGCAUUGAGGUCAUUGAGGGCUUGGAGAACAAUAAAAAGCUUACAACCCUGGACAUUGCAGCCAAUCGAGUAAAGAAAAUUGAAAAUAUCAGCCAUCUGACAGAGCUGCAGGAGUUCUGGAUGAACGAUAAUCAGAUAGAUAACUGGUCAGAUCUUGAUGAGCUGAAGAAUGCCAAGUCUCUGGAGACGGUCUAUCUCGAAAGAAACCCGCUACAGAAGGAUCCACAGUACCGGCGAAAGAUCAUGCUGGCUCUGCCCAGUGUACGCCAGAUCGACGCUACCUUCAUCCGCUUCUAAGCUGCAGUAUACAGCUCACCUGCCAACAUCACAGUGACCCCUCCCCCCACCAUCCACCCUACAGAAACAAACUUCAUUUUGAAACACAUUGGGCUCACUGAAUCAUAUGGUCACUCCAUGCACAAAUAUACAUUCCAACAUGAAACUUACCUAUAGCUCACUCAACAUACAUGUAUGCAUGUAUGCACUCAUUCACCCCUUGAUCUAUGCUAUUGUGUGGAAGCUUAUUUAUUUAUUAAGCUGGAAAUGAACUGUGAAAGUACCCAACGCCCAUUUCCUCAUUUUUCCACUGCACUCUUUUGUUUGUUUGUUUUUGUGCAUGUAGGACACAGUAUGGAGAUCUUUUUUCCUCAGUCAUACAGUGCAUCAGCAAAAUGGGAAAUCAGACUCAUUUAUCACAUUGUUGAAGUUGCACUGCAAACCUAAAAGAGGAAAGGGUGGCAUUGUUAAUAUUUGAGGGAUUUUGUGAGUUUAUUCUUUUUGGUUGGACGGGAUGAGACUGUUCUCACAGAGUACACAGUGAGAAAAAUAACAAUUAAACAUCAACAUUAAAGGGAAAGUCUGCAACAAAAUAAAAUCGACAUAUUUUAAUCUUCAGAAUACUAUUUAUUGUCUCAUUUGGUUUAACAUGCUUCAAAACUGACCUUGGUAUCAAACUUGGCAGUCACAGAAACAUCUAACAUGAAGCCUAAGAUGCCAUACUGACACGGUGCAGUUAAAAGCAGUUUAGUAAAGUGGUACCAGUCUUUUUAAGGAAAACAUAUCAUCAAAAAGUAAUUAAUUAUUUUGAUAAACUGGUAUCAUUGCUUCAUUUUGAUGUCUAUUCCUUGUCUAGAUAUUUUACAGCUCAUAGGUUAAUUUUAUGAUUAACAAGAGCGACGUGCAGUAAAGCUCAUGAGAAUGUAAACUCUUAACAUGUUCAUAAAGAUGGUUUUGUAAUGUACAUCACCCUUUUUUUUUAAUACAUUACUGAUUACAGCCUUGAUUUUCUUUUGACUUUAGGAAACUUGUUCAUAAAUUUUAUUUUAAUGAUCUAACAGUAAAAUUUAGAUUGUUUUUGAAUUUACACACUAAGGGCAGGACUGGUCUCAUAAAAGUGACAUUGACUAAUGUAAGAUAAAUGACUUCAUGCUGUUGGCACAGACAAUUUUUAAACACAUUUUGAGAUUUACUAAAGACACUACAGUGACACAUUCUGUAUUUUUCUCAUUUGGCCUUUGGUAUUGCUUAAAAAAUAAAUAUUGAUAUGUAUUUAUUGGCCGUGUUUGCCACCUUAAACCAAAAGCGAAUUACUUAUUAUUGCAGUCUCCUGUAUAUAAUGCUUGACUGCACCUGAUUUACUCCCUUUUAAAAUUAAAAAGUGAUGCACCUUUUAUAUGAAACAAAUUUCCCACCUCAGGGCUAAAAGGUCACAUGUCAAUACGGUACAGAAACAUCAGAUUUCAGUGCAUCGUUGCAGAUGGAUAGUGCUAAACUAAGUGCUUUCUUUGUAUGAUAGUGAGCAUUAUCUAAUUCAUUCCACCUGGGUUUAUAUUGGGUCUUCAAAUUGUUAAAACGGGAUGAGUUAAUAUUGAAUCUCCCUUUUUAGGUAUAAAAAUAAUAGCCUGGUUUGUAUCAUAGUUGUCUUUAGCUGACAGUUUGCUGCCUUUUUCAAAGGGAUAGAAAUUGUAAUUACUAACCUAUUAAAGCCAGUUGUUCGUGGUUAGUGACCUUGACCAUAACUCAACUGUAGAACAUUUAUGAGCCCAUAUCAGACUAAAACUAAAGGACAUUAUGCAUAAUUGAUCAUUACUGAUAUGAAUGGAAUGUUAUUUUAUAUUCAACUUUAACUUGAGUUACUUCAGUAUUGGCCAGUGGGAUUGGAAGUGUCACUUUGUGUGUUUGUAAAUAUAGUUUGGACAUCUCAUGUAGAAAAUCAGUGCCAUCAUCACCUUCCCUUUGUAAAGUGAUAUCCUUUUUUUCUUGUUUAUGCCAGGCAGCACAACAGAUCUGUGUGAGAUACCAUAAUUAAGAUAACUUGACCUUUAGUGGUCACUGAAUGAGCAAUUAUACCAAUUGCAGUUAGCUCAUUGUUGUUAGAACUAAGUCUUGAGUUUUGGACUUAGUUGAUGCUGUUUUCAAACUGAAUGUAUUAUGCAAAUAAUAAAAUUACACCACUUAAA